CAUCCGGGCGCAGCGAGGGGGGAGGCGGCGGGAGGCAGCGCGGUGCCCCCGCUACCGCCGUCGGAGGCGGUCGGGGGGCAAGUGAACGCCCUGACCGUCCUGGCCUUGUUGGAGAAACUGGUAUCGAUGUUGGAAGCGGUGGAAGGGCAACAGCGGCAGAUGGAGCAGAGGCAGCGGGGUUUGGAAGGGGCGGUGCGGGGUAUUCAGGGAGACCUGGGGAAAUUGUGCCGCAGCCACGGGGCGACGGGGGAAGCGGUGGAGAAGCUGCUGGAGAAGUCGCGGAAGGUGUGCGCCCACACCCGCGCCGUGCGGGAGCGGCUGGAGAGGCAAUGCGACCAGGUGCGACGCCUGGAGCAGCAUCAUGCACAGCUGCUCCGGCGAGACCGCUUCAAGGUGCUCAUCUUCCAGGAGGAAAAUGAGAUCCCUGCCAGUGUUUUUGCAAAAGAGCCUAUUCCCAGCAUUACCGAAGGAAAAGAGGAGCCUGUGGAUGAGAACAAAACACUGGAAGAAACCUUGCACACAGUGGAGCUGUGUUCAGAUGAUGAAAUGUUUCAUGAGGAAGAUGAUGUGGAUGACAGUGCAGAGGAGAAAACAGAAGAAUCGAGAGCUGAGAAAAUUAAAAGAUCCAGCCUCAAGAAGGUAGACAGCCUCAAGAAAGCAUUUUCCCGCCAAAACAUCGAGAAGAAGAUGAACAAGAUCAGCACAAAGAUUGUCUCACCUGAACGGAGAGAAAAGAUCAAGAAAUCACUUACUGUACAUCAUCAGAAAUCCUCCUCUUCAAAGAGUUCGGCUUUCAAAGUAUCUCCCCUCACAUUCAACGUGAAGAAAGCCCGUGAAGAAGAAAGCCCUGCUGAAGCUGAGGACAGACCAACAGAAACUACAAGCAACGACCAAGCGGAGAAUGAGGAUGAAGUGUCAUUUGCCGACAUGCACUCGGAUAUGACACCUACCACCUCGCUGACCGAGGAGGGCAAAGCAGUAGCCGAUUCUCUAGAGAAGGAAGCCAGAAUGAAAGGGAACGCCAUGAUGAACAACAACAUCGAGCUGUCCAUUGUUGAAGAUGAUGAAGAGUAUGGGACACCUCUAGAAGUUUCUAGCCAGAAACUGUAUGAUGAAAGAAACAAACCAGUCGGCGGGGAAACAGAACAAUCUGACGAAGAAACGACCCAAGCAGCUGUCCUGCAGAUAGACCAAACAGCGUAA